AAAAUCCUCACAGCUCGCUACUGAAUUCACAAUAAGCUUGUAGCCAUGUCAACUUCUGUAAUUAUCUUCCCUCUUCUCUUUAAUCUGUUAGCCUUCUCCUCCUUUACAGAUGGAGCACAACUGAUAGUAGUAAACAGCUGCCGUGAAACUUUAUGGCCUGGAAUACUUGGCAGCAGAGGUAAGCCAACUCCGAAAGACGGUGGUUUCAAGCUUGACAGCGGCGAGGAAGUAGUCCUCGACUUGCCAGAAAAAUGGUCAGGGAGGAUUUGGGGUAGGCAAGGAUGUAAAUUUAACAAUAAAGGCAAAGGAUCAUGUGACACCGGAGAUUGUGCUAGCCAGCUUCAUUGUCGAGGAGUUCCCGGUACUCCACCAGCAACGGUGGUUGAAAUGACACUUGGUUCAUCAUCAUCAUCGAUGCAUUUCUACGAUGUGAGUUUAGUCGAUGGCUUCAAUUUGCCAGUGACGAUGAAACCUGUCGGUGGCGGAAUCGGGUGUGGCGUUGCGUCUUGUGAUGUCAAUGUGAACGUUUGCUGCCCAUCGACACUGGAAGUGAAAGUAGGAGGCAAGGUGGUUGGGUGCAAUAGUGCUUGCUUGGCUAUGCAAUCGGCUAAGUAUUGUUGCACGGGCGCAUAUGCAAACCCAAAGACUUGCAAGCCAACGCUAUUUGCUCAUAUAUUUAAGGCUAUUUGCCCAAGGGCCUAUACUUAUGCAUUUGAUGACUCUUCCAGCCUUAAUAAAUGCAGGGCUUCUCGGUAUAUCAUCACUUUCUGCCCUCCCAAAUGAGAAAUCACACAAGGGAACUAAUCAUGCAUAAGGUAUUAGUGAUGGAAUGUUACUGAAUUUUGAAUAUACUCUAUAAUGCAUAAUAAACCUGUAUCAAAGCUUAUAAGAAGAAGUAUGUAAGCCUUAUAUGAAUAGUUUGAAUUUGGAAAUCAAAUUGUGUUUUAUAGCUUAA